AUGUACAAUACUAUCCCUGCCACAAAUCUAAACUAUAAGAAAUCUUAUGUAGUGGCUUCAAGUAUCGGGGAGAAUCCUCCUACUUUUACACCCGUAAACGGCAGCCACUUGAUUUCAGCAUUUGAGCCACUUACGGAAGACUUGGGAGAGCAUGUACCGGAUAAAAAGUCCAGAACCGAUGAAUGGAAAUUCAAAGUAAGGAAAUCACCCCGAUCAUCUGUUUUUUUGCCAGAAACAUCCGAAGUCUCAAAACCGUUAACUCCCCAUGAAGUAUUGGAUUUAAUUUUAUCUCGUCCUAGUGUCAUUGAUAAUACCUCCGAAGCGGUUGCCCGUACUUGGAGUACUAAGAUUAGAGGUGACAUAUCACAUUUCAUCCACAAAAUUACUUCUGAAAUGAAAGAUAUUGAUUUUGACGACCAGUUUGAAUCUAGAUUAGCUAAUGGCAUCAUCAAACUGAGGAAACCUUAUACAGAGAACGAUGAUAUCACAUAUGUAAGUAAAGAACCAAGAAAAAGAUUCCGGUUCUUGAAACGACAUUCAAGCAAGAGGAAUUGA